AUGGAGGAUCUUACCCAUACCAAUGUUUUAACCCAAAUUGGUGAGGAUAUUAUUCCUGGUGACCGCCCACCUACUCCAUCCACGAUGGAUAUGGACACCGACUCCGAAGACCAAGAUUUGGAUGACUCCAAUACCCAAAUCAAACCAGAUGCAGCCAAAGUAUUGUCCGCACCCUCGCAUCAGGCCUUUCCACAAGCUCCUACGGUUCCUGGACCUCUCUCUCAGUUACAAUCAUCUGGAUUGUCCAAAGCGGAAUUGCGGCAUGUGACCAAGGCUGAGUUCGAGCGGAAUUGCUCCCAUCCGGUUCCUGUGCUCCGUCAGCUGCAGACUGGCCCUGACAUCCCGGAUGAUGCAAUCAAACACAUGGAGGCUGCUGCUGCGAUAUGUGAGGCCAGAGUUAUCAAUCUGCGUAAAGGCAUUCAUCCACCACCAAGCGACAAGGUAAUUGUCAUUGACUUAACAAGAGAUGAUAUGCCUGAUCCUACUGUCAUUCGACGAUCGGACCGUCAGACUAGUGGUGUCAAGAACUAUGCUGGCUCCCAAGUCCCCACCACAAAAAGACCACGUCUUGCACUUGAUCCGGUCCGAGAUGAUGGUGAAGAAGAAAACCCUGAGGAGGAAGAAGAUGACUUGGACCAACCAAAUGAUAGAGACAACUUGGACUCUACGAUUCUUCCGAAUGAACAACAAAACAAGCCAGUCCCUGAUGAACAUCCCGUACAAACUCAGACUCAAAAAACUCCUCUACGUAAUGAAGCUGGAAGUUCUUCUAAUGAACAACCAAGUCAGCCAGUUCCUGAGAAAAAUCCGUUUCAAACUCAGAAUCAAGAAUCUCCACCGGAAUCUCCUCCACGGAAUGAACUUGGACCUUCUUCGAAUGAACAAUCAAGUCAGCCAGCUCCUGAGAAAAAUUCGGUUCAAACUGAGACUGAAAAAUCAACUUCAACGGAAUCUCCUUCACGUACUCAAGUUGGAACUUCUUCAGGUCCAACUCAUUCCAACUCUUGUUCGCCCAAAACUAUUGAACCAGUCACACAUCAGAUUGAUCCUAUCACGAAUCCCACCUCCAACUCAACCAUUGAUCCGAGAAUUGAUCCAAACAUCACUGUCCAAACGGUUUCAACUGGAGCUAGCUCUUCCACCCAGGCAGCAAGUAGCUUGGGACCGGCCUCUACCAAUCCCAAUGCAGCACUUGAGAACUCUGCACCACCCAAAGAAUCUGCCGAAUUACCUUCAACAGGACAGAUUACGAACCCGGUGGACAAAUGUCUUGCAUCUUCAAGCAAUGACAUCCAAUUGCCUGAGGACGACCUGAACCAAUUGGACUUAAAUGCUAUGGACAUUGAUCUGCCCACUGACAAACCGAUGAUUGAGCCUGAUACACACAUGAUCAGCGAUCCGGAAGACACUCCUAGAGUCACGCCUCGCUCCCUCUUCAACAUCAACAAAGAGGUCUUUAUGGAAGCUUUCAAGAUGUUUCCCAUCCGAAUCUCACGUGCAAAAUAUGCAGAGGGACGCGACCUUGUUUUAAAUUUGUUAAUGUUGAGAUCAAAACAUAUUCCACUCCUUGUCAACCCAAGAUAUGGAAUUCCAAAGGGUGUUACCUUUUCAGACUCUGAGAUGAUGUCUCCGGGGGAAUGGAUUCAAAACCUGACACAACAAGGUGUUGAUUUCUUCUCACCUCAGCAAGGAGAGCUGCUGUUCAGUUCCGAAAUUUGGACCCCUAUCUUAUUCCGACCGGAAGAUGAUCCUCCAAAAAACAAGACUUCAAUGGCUUUCCAAAUCUAUUGA